AUGUCAAGACACAAUAGACCACCACUUUCAUUAAAACACAUUGCCAAGUAUAUGAAAGGAAAGGAAUCAAGGACCUGCGUUAUUGUUGGCUCAGUUUUAGAUGACCCAAGGCUCAUUAAUGCUCCAGAAAACCUACAGCUUGUCGCUUUAAGAGUCAGCGAAACAGCAAGAGCAAGAAUUGAAGCUGCCGGAGGCAAGGUUUUGACCCUCGACCAAUUUGCGGUACAGAACCCAACUGGAGCUAAUACAGUCCUUUUGAGAGGAAAGAAAACUGCAAGAGAAAGCUACAAGCACUUUGGAAAAGCCCCUGGAUCCAAGAAUUCUCAUGCUAGACCUUAUGUGAGAAGCCAUGGCAGAAAAUUCGAAAAGGCUAGAGGAAGAAGAUAA